AGUCCAGUUGCCUUUGGAAAAAAACACCUUUGGGACAACCAUGACCUGGAUGACUCCAUAGAUGUUGAGGACUAUUGCAUCUUUCAAAAUUCUUGGGAAAUGAUGGGGUUCUUUUUCGUUUGAUGAUCCAUUUAAACCUCUUGCACUUGAUGACACAAGAUACUGGGUUGUUACCAUUUGGGGCUCUAUUUACUGAUUGUGUUUCCAAAGAAUUAAUAUUGGUUGAAAAGUAACUUGUUAAAUUGGUUGGAGGAAUAAACCGAAGCUUUCUAACAUUAUUGUUUCGGACUGUCUCACUUUUCAGAAUGUUUAAAUUUUAAAACUGUGAAUUUAAAACUGAUUUUGAUUUGCCUUCUUCGUAAUUUAUUCAGUAUCAGCAUUUUUAUUACAACUUUGUAGUUCCAGAAAACUAGGACAAUUUGGAGCAGUUCUGAAAUUUAAGACAUCGAUUUAGUAUGGAACUCAGAAGAAUUGUAAAAUCCUCAAAAUGGACCGUUUCAUGCUGUUUUUUAGAACAGUUUGGAACCAGACAUUUUCCACCUGCUCAUAUCUAUCUUCUAUAGUUGCUACAGUUUUCCAGUCUGCUCAUGUAGCUUUUUUUCAAGAGUGCUUGCUUAUUUUUUCUUUUGCAGAAGUCACAAUGAACUGCCGUUCAGAGAUGCUGGAGAUAUCAGUUGAAGGUCGCCAGAUUGAAGAAGCUAUGCUAGCACUUUUGCACACCAUAUUACUUCAUCGCAGCACAGGGAAAUUCCAUUACAAGAAAGAAGGAACCUAUUCGAUUGGGACAGUUGGCACACAAGAUGUUGAUUGUGACUUCAUUGAUUUCACCUAUGUCAGGGUUUCUUCUGAGGAACUUGACCGUGCACUGAGAAAGGCUGUUGGAGAAUUCAAGGAUGCAUUGCGAAACUCAGGCAGUGAUGGGAUGGGCCAAAUUUCCCUGGAGUUUUAUCAGAAGAAGAAAUCACGCUGGCCUUUCUCAGAUGAGUGCAUCCCUUGGGAAGUUUGGACGGUCAAGGUAAAUGUAGUGAGUCUGGCUAAUGAGCAGGAACGGCAGAUAUGUCGUGAAAAGGUGGGUGAGAAACUUUGUGAAAAGAUUAUCAACAUUGUAGAAGUGAUGAACCGACAUGAGUACCUGCCCAAGAUGCCUACCCAGUCAGAGGUGGAUAACGUCUUUGAUACAGGGCUGAGGGAUGUCCAGCCCUACUUAUACAAGAUUUCUUACCAAAUCACUGACUCACUUGGGACCUCUGUCACCACCACCAUGCGUCGCCUCAUCAAGGACACCCUGGCGCUCUGAUGUCCCAGGAUAUCAUGGACCAGACAUUUUUGAAAAGCAACAUAAGCAACUGGUUUUCUGCUCUCACCUAGCCCCAGAGCAACACAUCCAUUAUUCUUGGAAAAUUUUGGACUCUUGACAUCCAUACAUCCUGUUCUCAUUCACUAACUGUUACAGGUCAAGGCUAGAAUUAGCUUGUCCACCAGUUCACAAGAUCCCAACUUCUUUCAAUUGCAAUAGAGACGAGAAACCAAGAGUCCUCUUCAGUGUCCGUUUCUGUUAAACUAAAUUCCAUUAGAUGAACUACAGUGUGUCUAUGGGAAAAGAUGGCUUGCAUGCUUCAUAGGUAUUUUGGUAACAUCUAAUAUGCAUAAAAGAAUACCAACAUUUGCACUAUCAAUGAGCCGUAAACUAAAAUGUAAACUAGAGGCCCUGAUUUCUUGUUUUUGAGAUCUUCUACAAGGUUGCCAAGGCUGACUUUUCUUGGCAAAAAGUGUGCCUUCCUUUCCUGAUUACCUAAUUGUUAGCUCAUCUUUGGCUUUGGAAUAAUUAAAUCUGUUAACAGGACGUUUUUGCUUCUAGGUGCAUGUCUUCAGGGUGGGAAUGUUUAAGGGUUUCAAGCCUUCCCUCUUUUUUGUAAAUGAAAAUUACAAAAAAGGACCCAUUCCACCAUACUUAUUUUUCAGUAGAGUUUGAAAUCUGUAGCCUGUAUUUCUAGAGAAAGAUAUUUCAUGUUUUGUAUAUAUUUCACCAGUGUAAUAUAAAAUAAUCACCAGUGUGUAUAAAAUAAUCUGAGAAAAGAAAA